AUGUCAAUCUCCAGAGCACUCGUCGAAUCUUCACGAGCUGAGUCUUUCAGAUCGCUUAUUCGCUUGGCUUACGAAGUUGUUGGCCGAGAGUUGGAGGGAUUCACCGAUCUAUCUCCCCAGUUAGGACAACAUGCAGGCUGCGAGUGUGAGAUAUCCUAUGACGGCCGUGUCAAAAUCUGGCAGACGGUUGGCAGACACAAAUUCACCCUGAAUUAUGAUUCGAGGCAGGUCGUGUUCGGUGCAUUAUUACGACGUGCUUCUUCGGGGCAAUGGGUGGACUGGGAUGCACAGGCUGGGAGCGAGUUGUUGGCCCAACAUGAUACAAAUAAUGCUGCUGCUCAGAUUGUGAUAUGGAUAAUGGACGACUCACCUGCUGUGGACGUUUCUCUUCUCGAUCAAAGACCGCCUCAUUCUUCAGCUCCGUCAGAUAUCUUUCCCCUUGAUCAGACACAUAAAAUCUUCAGCCGGAUCAAACUCCAAUUCGACGACACAUCUUCCAUUCAGAACUGGAAGCCCGAAGGCAUCCUCUCGUUGAUCCCGCAGCCGACUUGGAUGUCAGACCUCGAGCAGCGGAGUAAUCUCCUGGUGACUGAUGACGCUGAACCAGCAGGAAAGAGGUAUACAAGCGCAAGGGAUUUCAUUGCUCAUCAAGUAGCCACUAUCGAGGCAUCAGAGGAGCGUUCCUAUCCUUUAUCAUCUUGGCAGGAAGCCACCAAAGCCGCAUUUCGUACUGCCUCAUCGACAAACGACUCCCACCUCCCCCUGGUAUCCAUGUUUCUGCGGCAAGGCGAGGCUGUGAGAGACAUUCUGCCAUUUGCGGAACCGGAUUAUUCGGUUGAUUUUUCUGUUCUCGACGACCUGGAUUAUUCCCAAUGCCGUGUGAUUCGAAACAUCUUUAAUCAUCAAGUGUCUCUUGUUCAUGCGCCUGCUGGCAGUGGAUUAGUUUCGGCCAUAGUCUCAGUUACGGAAGCAAUCUUGCGGAAGGCUCCUCAGAAAAAGAUUCUAAUCUGUGGAUACGAUAGAUCAAGGCUGGAUGAUAUCUCCGACGGAUUCAUGUUCAGGGAAUGUUUCUGCGAUUUCCGAUUCCAACAUCUCCAUCUUCCACUCGAAGAGAAGUCCGGGUUCGAAGGCUCUAGGGUCAUUUUAUGCACAUAUUCAGAGUCCCACGUUGCCUGGCUAAAGAAAAUCUGGCCUCCUCAUGUCCUCAUCGCUUCAGACGCUGGCAUGAUCACGCACUAUGACCUGCUUACACCCGUAUCUGCACACUUUGACAGUUUGACUAGAUUAGUGCUGCUGGGCGACCAUAGGCAACUCGGUCCAUAUACAAGGACAGACAAAGAUAAACCCCACGAAGGCAGAUCGAUCUUGGAAGAGCUUAUGAAGGAGCAGUGGCCAGGCUGUAUGCUUCAUCUUGAGCGCAUGACACAUUCGGAUCUAUGUUUCCCUAGGAGCUCUGUCUUCUAUGACGGCCGACUGAUGGCUGUGCGACAAACGUCAACUCCUGGAUCCUUUUUGACGAAAAUGCAAGACAGAUUCAAUGCUGGUUUGAGGAUCAUCGACGGUGAUGACGACGCCACAAGCAUCACAUCCUUUGCUCACUUCUUCGAUAUUUGGGACCCUAUUAAUCGUGAAGGACAAUCGCCGGUCCACUUUGUGGACGUGCUUGUCAAGACGCUGCUUUCGACGGGUGGUUGCGAAACGUCCCAGAUCAUGGUUGUCAGUCUCGAUGGGAGCAGCACAAACCUCCACGUGCAGGAAGCGACUACUAGAUGUUUGGGCGAUGUUAAAGUCCAUACCGUCACAGAGGCUCAAGGGCUAUCGGCCAAGGUUGUUAUCUGCCUGCUGCCUCAGACUAAAGUCGAACUUGAGCUGGCACAAACGAACUGGUCCAAAUCCGCCUGUGUCAUCAUGUCCCUUGCCACGGAAAUGAUUUAUUUUGUCGGAAAAUGGAGAGCUGUGUGUGACCUGGACCAUAGCAACGAUCUUCAGCGUUGCAUAUGUACCCUGGACGAAAUGAACCCCAACUUCCUGCAGAGGGUUGGACCCUCUCCCUACGCGAUGGAAACGCCUGCUGAUCGGCAACACAGUGAUGGCCGUGGGAUGAACCCCUCAGCUCUCGCCGAACCAAGCUCCGCCUAA